AUGGAUGGACGUUUGAACCUAACGCGAGUCGUUCGGAAAGCUACUGUCCCUUACCAAGUCAUUAAUGCGCAAGGAGAUGCGUCCGAGGUCCAAGUAGAGUGCUUGUCUCCCGAAUCGAAUCCGCGUGCUUUGAUUGGUAUUCUAUGCAAUGACCUAUUGGUUCUAUGCCGAGAUCCGUCAGACGGCACGGAUCCAACUGCCCAAGUUGACCUAUGGGCUGUUUUGCGAAUGCAGACGCUGCCGCAGCCAGCCAGCAUUGUACAUGGCAAUGCUUUGCGGCUAGUGGACAACAAGGCGAUAUUAUAUUUUGACGCGCCGUCGACAGCUGACGCACUGACGUGGUUCAGAGCCAUCAAUCUACACAUCCCGGCAUCAAAAGCAUAG